UCUCAGCCAAUCAUACUUAAAGAGCGAAGUCGCCUCGCUCUGUGAUCGAGCAGGCAUCAGAUUGUCCGGUCCUCACUGCGCUUCAUAAACUCUGUCGAGGUGUUUUGCGCAAAAACAAGAAACGCUGUUCUGACUCAAAGCAUCAUGGUCCAAGCAAAGACGUGGGUUCUUACCAAACACUUUGAUGGCUUCCCGAAGCACAGCAACUUUGAGCUGAAGGUGGAGGAGCUUCCAGGGCUGAAAGAUGGAGAAGUGCUUCUGGAAGCCUUGUUUCUGAGCGUGGAUCCAUACAUGAGGCCUUUCAGUGCAGUCCGCAUGAAAGAAGGGGAUGUGAUGAUUGGCACUCAAGUGGCAAAAGUGGUCGAAAGUAAGAACUCUGCGCUCCCGGUGGGAAGCCACGUCGUCGGUCGUUGUGGCUGGCGGACACACACAGUUUCUGAUGGGAAAAAUUUGGACCCCAUCAUGGCAGAGUGGCCUGAAGAUGCCCCACUGUCACUGGCGCUGGGCUCCAUCGGCAUGCCGGGGCUGACCGCUCUGUAUGGGAUCGAGGAAGUCCUGAAACUUGCAGCGGGUGAGACCUUGCUGGUGAACUGUGCAGCUGGGGCGGUGGGCUCAGUGGUGGGCCAAAUCGCCAAGAUCAUCGGCUGUAAAGUGGUGGGUUCGGCUGGUUCUGAUGCCAAAGUGGCUUUCCUCAACGAGCUGGGCUUCGACAAGAUUUUCAACUACAAAACUGUUGGUUCCCUGGAGGAGGUGCUGAAGGAGGCAUCGCCAGAAGGUUACGACGCUUACUUUGACAAUGUGGGAGGUCAUUUUUCAAGUGUUGUCCUGCCACAGAUGAAGGAGUUUGGAAGAAUUGCCGUGUGUGGAGGGAUCUCUCUGUACAACGACGCCACACCUCAGACAGGUCCGUACCCUCAAGUGACCAUGAUCAUGAAGCAGCUGAAGAUGGAGGGCUUCCUGCAGGGCAGGUGGCAGCACAAACACCCAGAGUCCCUCAAGAGGCUGAUGACAUGGAUGAAAGAGGGGAAGCUCCAGUGUCGUGAGCACAUCACAGAAGGCUUUGAAAACAUGCCAGCAGCUUUUAUGGGGAUGUUGAAAGGAGAAAACAUCGGAAAGGCUGUCAUCAAAGUCUAACGUGACAAUGAGUCUGAGCAUGGUGAAGGAUUUGGGGUUUUGUUUUCUCUCUUAAGGAACUUACUUUGAAUAAUCCACCCAUGUUUAGAAUUGAUACUGAAAGCUGAAUAAAUGUUUGAAGGACAUCAUUUCCCAUGAAUAAAUGCUGAAU